GUAGCGUAAUAAUUACUUAAACGUGUUGCUACUUUAGAAACAGUAACAUUACUGUGAGGACUUCAUGUCUUGCGGCCCCGUCUCGGUAAAUUUAUUGCGAGUCGGUUUUCACUCGGGAGACAAACUUCUUCAUUUGUUGUGAAAUUUGUAGCUCUGUUUACUUUCGGUAUUUUUUUUUUUGGGGGGGGGGGGAAGUACUGGCCUUAAACUAUUCAUUGAUGGUCUGCAGUAGAACCUGAGGUAGCUGGGUCCUAACCGUAGCCCAGCAUCAUGACAGAGAGUUUCAGCAACAUCGAGGAUGAGGCGUUCCCCCAGUUUCCUGUCUACCUCUGUGGGCAGCAGCCGUGCCACCCUGGGAAACGUCACCCUGGCCUCCACCCUGGGGCUGCCCGUAGCUGCCUCCACCGUGGCUAAAAUUAGAGCUGGGUCCGACAACAGUCCUUUUCUCUCCAGAGUAAAUGCCGUCCAGGCGUCAUAUCUGGAGGACGGUCGGUUCUCUCUGGCUGACUCUCAGUCCAACAACAAGGAACAGGGGAAAUUUGCCCUCAGCUUCAAAGAUGAGCUAGAUGCUGCAGAUGACUUCAUAGCAGCCCACCGGUUCUCAGACAUGCUGGUGAAGGUGAAUCUGGACCAGACAGAGCCCAGGACUAGAGCCUCCUCCCUCGGCCCCAACACACAGACUGGACCUCUCCCUGGAAGACACUCUGAACAUGGAGAUGAUCUCUCUACGGGGCGGCUGGCCUUCACCAACCUGGUUAAUAUGGACUUUAUGGAUCUAAAGGUCCGAUUCCCCCCCGGCACCGUAGACGAUCAGACUCUGGCCAGUGACGGCGCAGACAGCGACCGCUUCAGUGGGAGUGUCUCCAGCUUCCUGGCCAAUGAGAAGCUCAUGUCUGUGGACAGCAUGAACAGUGAUGUCACAGAUGACGACGUCGACGUGAACGACCUGCAGGAUGAAGAACUGGACCUGUACUUAAACCAGCUGGUUGGCCCUGCCAUGCAGAGAGGACGGGUGGAGGGCCAGGAGAUACCUGUUGCUGACCAGCCAACCAACCAAGACUAUUCAUCUCAGCCCAGUUCCACAGAACCACAGAACCGAUACCAGUUCCUGGAUGACUAUGAUCAGUGUUUCCAGAUGCCUGACGUGCGGCUUGCUGCUACAGGGAUGGACUCGUGUCCUGGUAGUGACGAGGAGGACACUGAGGACGAACUGGAGAACGGCUAGGAGACACACUUCUACCAGACACAGACUGCUGCUGUCCAG